AUGGAUGAAACGACCAGGUCUAGGAGGAUAUUACCGCCGAUCGUUACUUCUUCAUCUUCCGGAUCAUCCUCAUACGCUUCCCAAGACUACAUGAAUCGACCAAGAGAGUCGCCUCAUUCUCAACCGGUAUACGAGACUUCUGUAAGACCUCCGGCUCUCGCUCCAUUUGAUCACCAUUCGCGGUCAUCGUUACCGUUUUUGUCGCAGCCCAACGAACCUGAAUCGAGCUCAAGCGGAUCGAGAUUCAGACCUUCGCGAUCAGAAUUCGCACAAUUUCCUCUGCAUAAUGCCAACAAACUACCCCUUCCACCUUACGACAGUCCACGUGAAGAGACUCGUCAGCUCCAAAGGACUCAACAGCAAUGGCUUGAGCAAGAUAGAGGAUAUCUCACUUCUCCUAAUACACCAAUUUUCCCUCCGCCUCCCAGACCACCACCGCCUCGCAUGGUGACUGGAUCAUCGUCGCAUAACCCUUCGCGGCAUGACACACCUGCCUCCAGAAGCCAGUAUCAAUAUGGACACUCGCAAUCACCUGAACUUGCUUUAUCACUCCCACAAUCUUCCAAUCAAAGAUCGAUGUCUCACCAUUCACGAUCGUACCCUACGUCUGUUUCAUAUCGGCAAUAUGUUGUACCGAGAAGUGAACAACAAUUCUUACCACCACCUCCGCAAUCCCAGCCAUCAUCAGCAGCUUCCAUCGCACCCACAUAUUACAGCGAGCCGUUGGCUCGCGUACAUUCUCAUGAAUCGCAACAUUCCACUCAAUCCCUCGCCAUGCAGAGGGAGUUCUCAGGUGGGUCCAGUAUAAGCGGCUCAAGUCAGACGGGUGGUUCAUCAUCCAUUCAAUCUGGACAAUAUGCCUCAAUGGGUGGUUAUAAGAGAAAGAGAACAAGGGCGUUGAUGACUCAUAUGCAACAAUCAGGCUUGAUGAGUUUGUGGAAAAAGACUAAAUUCCCGACUGGAGCAGAGAGAGAGACAUUAGGUCAAACCAUCGGGUUGACACCCAGACAAGUCCAGGUCUGGUUUCAGAAUCAACGACAGAAAGGUCGGAAGGCUCUUGCAGUGAACGGAGGCAUUCCAGAAGGUGAAGAUCCAGCGGACUACGAAGAGUUACAAAAAUCACCUAGAUCACGGAGAUUAUCCCUUGAAGGGGACGAGAGGAUCUCAGCUUGGGCUGGUAGCUCUGCGUCUUCCAACUCUACAAGGCUUCUUCUUGAUCUUCCUUCUACGGCUGGAUCUGGCUCUUUUGAACCCUUGAUCGCUCAUCGAGGAGCCUCUAGUCAUGGAUAUCAAGAUGAAUCGUCGUCUCGAAAUGCGAUUGGGCCUAGAAGUCAGUCUCCCUACGAUAAAUGGGGAUCUGAGCGCAGUGAUUCAGAUACCAGGAGUCGCAUACAACAUCAGCAUCAGCAAUAUCAUCAUCAUAGGAAGAGAUCAAACUCAUACCAUCUUCCUCAGAAACACCAACCACAAAGGAUCGUUCAUCCACCUCGACAACAUAGUCAUCAUUCAGGAUCACAUAGUACUAGUACUGCCCUCGCAAGCGCAAAUCCAAGAUGGAUAUCGACUUCGCCAACAUGGCAAAGGACUGUCCCGUCUGUACUUGAACCAGCGGGAAGUUCGCGAUCACCUCAUUCUCUUGAUAACCCUACACCCUUUUCACCUCCCACCACAUCGACCGGUAGUUCCUCCAGACCCAAUACACAACCACAGCUGCAUCAGCAGCAUGAGCAAGAGGAAAAUUUUUGGUCGCCUGUAAGGAGAAGGAAAUCCUCACCUUCUAUAAUACCAGAAUCAAUAAAAUCUGUUUAUCCGGGAAAUGUGGAUCCUUCAGCUCCAAAGGAUAUCCCAGUGAACAAGUCUGCUAGCAUCGUUAGGAGAAUGAGGUAUUCAAGAUCACGUUCAUAUGAACUACCUGAAGAAGAAGAACACCAUCGAUAUGAGUAUGAAAAGCAGUAUCCCAAUCUCAAGAGAACAAAAUCAACACAUCUACCUCCUGAAUUAGCUAGAAUAGCUCUUAGUGGACCACUGACAAAGCAUACAAGCAACAAUAUACAGGGAGAACGGCAAGAGUAUGGUUUCAAUUUACCUGGUAUCGUUCAAAGAUCGUCUUCUUCAUCACCCAAGCCAAAAGGAAUCCCAAUGGACGAUGUCAUUCCACGUCAAAGUCAAUUAACCUCAUCAUCCAGUCCAACACAAGUCGGAGAAAAUAGAAGGAAUGAAGAUGAUAGGUCUCAUAUGUCCGAAAAAAGGGAAGGUAAAAAACCAAUGUCCUCAAAUCUAAGCUCCCUGCUGGACUGA